GGGGGGACUUUGCUUACAGUAAAUCUCCAGGGCGCACGGGGAGAUAGGAGAUAGGAGACAAGGAGAGAAGAGACACCCCGAGGAGCUGAGUGACGGAUUUACCCUCAGAGGGGUAAAAAGAUGACUGUGGUUUCCCUGGACGAACACGACGAGGCCGUGGCCGUCACUGCGGGGUUGCUGCGGGAUGCUGCGGACCUGGAAGCAGGAGAGCAGGAGUGCAGCGAGAGGGUGGUCAUCAACAUCUCCGGCCUGCGCUUCGAGACGCAGCUGAAAACCCUGUCUCGCUUCCCCGCCACGCUCCUGGGGGACCCGCGCAAAAGGAUGCGCUUCUUCGACCCCCUGAGGAACGAGUACUUCUUUGACAGGAGCAGACCCAGCUUUGACGCCAUCCUCUACUACUACCAGUCAGGAGGCCGGCUGAGGAGACCCGUGAGCGUCCCCGUGGAUAUUUUCCUGGAGGAAAUAAGGUUUUACGAGUUGGGAGACGAGGCCGUGGAGAUGUUCAAGGAGGAUGAGGGCUUGACGGUGGAGGAGGAGCGGCCGCUGCCCAAAAACGUGUUCCAGCGCCAGCUGUGGCUCCUGUUCGAGUAUCCCGAGAGCUCGGGGCCUGCGAGGAGCAUCGCCAUCGUGUCAGUGGUGGUCAUUUUGAUAUCCAUUAUCAUAUUCUGCCUGGAAACUUUACCCGAAUUUAGAGAGGUUACUGGAGAGAAUCUCUCCAACGGCACCGCGCAAGGAGCCGGUGCGCCCAGUCCCUUCACAGAUCCCUUCUUCAUGGUGGAGACGCUCUGCAUCGUGUGGUUCUCCUUUGAAUUCACCAUGAGGUUUCUGUCCUGUCCCAGUAAACCGGUUUUCUUUAAAACCAUGAUGAAUUUGAUAGAUGUUGUGGCCAUAGCCCCGUAUUUCAUCACUCUGGGUCUGGACCUGGCGGAGCAUCAGGGCAGCAGCCAGCAGGCGGCCUCUCUGGCCAUUCUCAGGGUCAUCCGUCUGGUGCGCGUUUUCAGGAUCUUUAAACUUUCCAGACACUCCAAGGGUCUUCAGAUUCUCGGACAAACUCUUCACGCGAGCCUCAGGGAGCUGGGCCUGCUGAUAUUUUUCCUGAUCAUUGGAGUCGUCCUCUUCUCCAGUUCGGUGUACUUUGCUGAAGUAGAGGACCCGGAUACUGAGUUUUCCAGCAUCCCCCACGCGUUCUGGUGGGCCGUGGUGACCAUGACCACAGUGGGCUAUGGAGACAUGUGUCCUUCCACCAUCGGGGGGAAAUUCGUGGGAUCCUUGUGCGCGAUCGCAGGAGUACUAACCAUAGCCUUACCCGUCCCAGUAAUCGUAUCCAAUUUUAAUUAUUUCUACCACAGAGAGAACGAAGAGGAGGCAAAUGUGCAGUAUGUCCACGUGACUUGCGGGCAACCUGUCGGGCAACCAUCGUUAGGGGAAAGCGGUUCCACCAAUAGCACCCUGUCGCUUUCCAAAGCUGAGUCCUAUCUGGGAAAGGAAGAGUUGGAGACACCGACGCCUCCAAGUGAGAAGCACCUGGAAACAGACACAGGGAGACUCACAGAGGUGUAAAAGCGGACAUUUCUCUUUCUGGUGGUGGACAAAUACGUGAAGCUUGUUUUUCCCUCAGAGUCACAACAAGAAACAUGUGUGGCAUUCUUUUCUCCAAACACUUCAUCUUUUUGUCAUGGAUUACCUUUGUAUUGACAGCUCUACGACCUACAGAGACUUUGUGUUGGACACGCACGGAAAACGCUCUGUCUGCUGCAAUGAACAUUGUGUGAAUCCUCCAUAGAUAAAAAUGACAUUCUUUAGAGUAGGUUUUGUAAAUUAAUUUGUUAAAAGGAAGCCUAGUGUACAUAUUUCAGUUUUGUAAUUUUGACUCUUCCUUCUUGUAAUCUUGUAAUCUUAACCCGCCUUUCUGUUGUUACAAUUAUUCAGAUUGGAUCGCAGCCUACUGUAAACCUUUUAGAGCAGUAUAAUGCUAUGUGCAUGGCAUGCAUUCAU